UUAUAAGUUCAAUUUGGAAAAUAACUCCAAAAACAUACAAAUCCUAGCUAAUGUCUGUAUUCGGUAGACAGCAGGUACCUAGGAUUUAAGAAGCAUGUCUGUUUCCCCUUCAUGUCUCUAAUGGCAGUCUAUCUGAGGUUCUAAUACAUCAACAAAAAACCCAUCACUAGUAUUAUUAUAUCUCCUUGAAUAUGGCUGGUUCAACUCACCAAAGAAAACCCACCAUGGAAGCUUACCAAAACCAAAACAAGUGGCCUCAGAAAAUUGACAAACCACCUUCUUGGGUGGUUCUCAAAGGAUUUUUCUUUGGUAAACAUCAUCACCACCAACAAGAGCAAGAAGAGCAACAGAAGCUACAGCCGAAGAAGAAGGUAAAGAAGCAAAAGCAACAACAAAAGGAACAAGUGAUGGAAGAAACAGGCAAGAAAUGCAAAAAAAUGAGGUGUUCAGGUUCAUUAUGCAGCAACACAAAGGUCAUCCACUGCAGGCCUGAAAUGGCUUCCCCUGAAGUUCACAAGAAAAGGGCAUCCUUUGGUUCAUUUGAUACUUCUAGCAGAUCCAUGAAAGCUCCUCUGCGUGAACUCAACGGAGUUGCAGUUUCUUCCACUAAUUCUUCUUCACUGCUUUCUGUAUCUUCAGCAGCAGCAGCCAGCUCCUCUGCCGGUGGUUCCUUUGGAGGAAUGCCGUUUAGGAGAUUUUCCGGCUGUUAUGAGUGCAAAUUGGUGGUUGAUCCCCUUCUUGGAAUAUCCAAAGAUCCUUCUUUGAGGGGCACCAUUUGUUCUUGCCCUGAAUGUGGUGAGAUUUUCAUGAAAGCUGAAAAUUUGGAGCUUCAUCAAGCUGUUAGGCAUGCAGUUUCUGAACUGGGACCUGAGGACACAAGCAAGAACAUAGUGGAAAUCAUAUUCAAGUCAAGCUGGUUGAAGAAACAAACACCAAUCUGUCAAAUUGAUCGGAUCCUUAAAGUCCAAAACACCCCCAAAACAAUCUCUAAACUCGAAGAAUACCGCGAUUCGAUCAAAUCCAAAGCCACCAAGAAGCACCCACGUUGCAUAGCAGAUGGGAACGAGCUCCUAAGGUUUCACUGCACCACAUUUGCAUGUUCACUCGGUCUCAGUGGGUCCACCAACUUGUGCAACACAAUCCCAAAGUGCAAUGUUUGCAGCAUUAUAAAAAAUGGGUUCAAGGUGGCUCAAGAAACCAAUGGAAAAGGAAUUCUCACCACAGCUACCAGCGGCAAAGCACACGAUAAAGCAGCUGGGGUGGAAGAUGGGGAUUAUGAAAAGAGGGCAAUGCUUGUGUGUAGGGUGAUCGCCGGGAGAGUGAAGAAGAACAUCAUGGAAGGUGAUAACCUGGAGGAAUACGACUCGGUGGCCGGUGCGGUUGGUGUCUACUCCGAUUUGGACGAGUUGUUUGUGUUUAACCCUAAUGCUAUCUUGCCUUGUUUUGUUGUUAUCUAUAGAGGGUUUUAGUGUGGUUAUUAGGGUUUUUCAUGUUUAAUUAAAUGUAAUGUUUGAAUUGCUAAAGAAAUAAUUAAUAGACUAACAUGUAAUGUUUUGUUGUUACCUUGAAAAA